GCAAAAUGGCGGCGGUCGCCUAACAUCUCGUUAGUGUCGCGGUACGUGUGACGACGACGACGGAACAUCGUAUCGGCGCGCGCUCUUACAUGAGAGCGAUUCCAAGCCCUUGUCACUCCUCGACGCCGCGCGACCACCUUGGUGAUAUCAGAUUGUUUUCCACGGGCCAUCGAACAUGUCGAACCCAGAAAAAGCGGAUAUCUGUGUACCAGAUACACAGGAAACGUACUACGAAGAGUCCGACAAGAUCGAGGCUGAGAAGACCUGCGGCGAGACGCAGAACUUGAGCGCGGACGAGAGCCAAGACUUCCGUCUCGUUGUCUUCGACGAGGACAACAGUAUAAAGGAGAAGACGCAGUCUGCCGCGGAAGACAACUGUACGCAAAAGCCUGCCAAGGAGCCGGACUUACAGCCGACCACCGACACGCACCCGGAAUCCAAGACGUCGGACGACAAAAAGACGUCGGACGACAAAAAGACGUCGAUAACCGCGAACGACAAUAAGAUUGAAAGCGAGAGUGAGAUCGUCAAAGAGGAGACGACAACGGAGGACAAGCUCGUGAAGAAGAGCGAAGAACUCAACGACGAGCUUACCGACAAUGACGAGGACGAGAUCGUUCAAGGUACGCCCCCUCACAGUUACACACCGCCGAAGAAAGCGGACGGGGACAUCGAAGGCGCGAGUCUCAAACGCAAGGCGGGCUCCUUCGAGGAGCCGCCGACGAAGGUGCUCAGGACGACGUCCAUGGAAGACGCGGUGAGCGUCAAAGAGCCCAUCAAGGAACAGUUCGCGGAGGAGGAGAGUCGUCAGUCCAUCAAGUCCGACGACUCGUACGACAUGUUCCAAAGCUCGCAGCGCAACGUCAUAAUCGAAGAGACUCAAGACCCGACGGGCGAGCUGACUCAGAACUCGCUGAAGAGUCCCGGUGCGCCGACGGAGACGAUAGACACGAACAAGGAGCAGCCGGAGGAGGCCUUCUCCGAGAAAUGCGACGUGGAGAAGGACGAGAACCUGAACGUCUCUGCGAAAGUCGCCGACUCCAGCGCCAACGACAGCACUGUCGUCAACGCGAAUUCUCUGCACGAGAGCGACAUGCAGGUGGACGAGCCCGGGGAGAGGGAGGAGACCGUCACGUCAACCGCCGCUGCGACAGAAAGCAUCGCCGAGAAGUCUCAGACCGACACGUCGGACGAGAAAGAGGCGGACGAGUCGCCGGAGGUAAAAGAAUCGGCCACAGACGCAAUCACGGACAUAGAAGUAGUGGCCGGCGAAGACGGCCACACGACGGAUUCGACGAACUGCGUCGAGGAGAUCGCCGAGACCGAGUCUGAGAAGCCCACCGACGAGGAGGAGAUCCCGCCGUCCCAGCCGAACGCCUCCGCCGAGCCUCUGUCGUGCUUGAAAGCCGUGAGCGCCUACAAGUCACGGACGAGCGUGGAGCUGGUGUACGAUGGUGUGAGCAAAACAGUCACCGACAGCGAGUCGAAGCUGCCAGAGAUCGUGGAGAUCUCCGACGAUAUGGAGAAGAGCAUCCUCGACUCCUCGGCGGAGGUGAUAUACGAGCCAACGAACAACAGGGAGAGCAAGUCGAAACCGGAGGUCGUGGAAAUCGACGACUCACACGAGGACGGCGAGAGGAUCGUCGUGGACUGCCUCGAUGCCAACUCGGAGGUGACUGCCAUGGUCAAAGGCGCUUCCGAGGACGUGAACGAGACGAUGUACAAGAGCUGCUACGACAGCAAGAGCGAGCUCAGCUACAAGAGCGUGCCGGAAAGCGCCAAGGAGUCGUUGAACGCGAGACCGGACAGCAACAGGCUGAUGAACGGCAGCGACGAGUCCAAGAAAAGCGACAAGACCAUCAGCAUCGGGUCCGACACGCUGUCCGGCUACGAGACACCGCCGGUCAUUCUCAGCAGAGGUGACCACGGCAACGCGGCCACGCUCAGCUCAGCGAGGAAGCUGGUCUCCACGAAGAGUCAGCUGGGCGCCAAGGACUUGGACAACAUCGAGCUGAUCAGCAUUAGCGACCACGAGGACCUGUCCAACGCGGAUGACGGCGCGAGGAAGUCCGACCUGAUCCACAACAGCGCGCUGGCCAAGUCCGUACAGGUGGAGAAGGAGAUCGGCAUGUACGUGAAGCUCAGGUGCCUCCUGCAGAUCGACGAGAACACGAAGGAGUUCCUGGGCAAGGAGCUGACCGCCGUGCACUGCGAGCCGAUCAUGGAGUCGGCGUCGAUAAGGCAGAAGAACGACGAUACGGCGUCCUCCUCGCUGGCCGACAUAUCCGACAACAAGGAGGCAUCACCGGGCUCGGUGAACAGCAACGUCCAGGUGUUCCAGCUGAACCCGUCCAGGCUGUCCGUUAUGUCGUCCGUGAGCUCGUCCAGCUCGGCCUCGAGCGCCGCGUCGCUCGCGGCGAAGCUCGCUCUCAAGGAGAACGUGCUGUUCUCGUUGCCGCGGGGCCCGGCGAAGCACGCGAAGAAGAUGUCGCAGGACGUGCCAUCGUCGAUGAGCGAGAAGCAGACGUUGGACGAGACGUACGAGCGGGUGACGCGCGAAUGGGCGAACAACCGGCUGCUGACCGCGACCGUGUUGAACUGCGCGAACGCCGAGCUCGGCGCCUUGGACACCCACAACAUCAGCAACGAGCGGCUGGACGACCACCACCUACGGAAGAUGCACUCGUCGACGCCUGAGGUUCCGCCGCCGGCGGAGAACAUCGAACUCACAGUUACGCCGAAGAGUACGAAGAAGAGCAAGUCCUUGAAGAGACCGAGGAGCAAGAUAGCGAGGUCGCGGUUGGCCCAGACGAACGGCGAGAGCAAAAGCAGCGCGAAUACGCCCAUCACCAUCGCGCUCGACUCCAUCACGGAGAACGACAAUACGCCGCGGAAGAAGAGCAAACUGGAGACGGUUGGCAACAUGUCCGAGAACACGGAGGAAGCCAAGCUGCUGAUCAGCGGCGCGGACGUGCUGGCGAACUCGUCGCCGUUGCCGAGCGACAACCUCAUCGGCAGGAAGGUCUUCGCCAAGUGGUCCGACAGGAAUUACUACCCUGGCACGGUGACUGACCACGUGAAGGCCAAGUACAGGGUGGACUUCUACGACGGCAAAAACAAGGUGUUGAUACCCGAGUUCGUCAUACCGAUACCAAAGACCCUGAAGAAAGGCCUGUCGUUGUACGCGACUUCGAAGACCAGCGACUACGGCUCUUGCGGCUUCAUCGUGGACGUGAAGGACGGCGAGGAGGUGGACGACGUACGCUACACCGUGGAGACGGACGAGGGCGAGCGUCUGCAUAUUUAUGUGAAGGACAUCUUCUUGUCGGCCGAUCAGGCCCAGCUGCUGAAAGAAGAGGUGGACUCCGAGAACAAGAGCGUGCCGAACACGCCGAAGCACCUGGGGCAGGUGUCGCUGGACAACAUGGUGGAUGGUAAGCGGCGCUCCAAACGGAUCGGCACGCCGGUUUUCUCCACCCCCAAGUCCAGGAUCUCUGCCAGUAAUUCCUCCAUCACCAAGACCAAGUCGGAGCCGUCGGUGUCGGGGAUGGCCGGGAAGAUGAAGAAAGAGCGGAGCGUCGUGUCCGAGAACGAGAGCACCGUGUCCAGCGAUACGAACGCCGAGCCCGUCGACGAGUACGCGCUACUAGGCCUGCAGAGGGAGAUCAUCGGCACGCCGAACGAGCAGGUGGUAAAGGGCCCGAAGAGCCGGAUCAAGAGCAAACGCAGCAAGAAGAAGGUGGACGACGAGCAGACGAUCGCGACCUUGGGCCCGAUCCCCACCGACAACACCAUCUUCGAGGGCAUGUCGUUCAUCCUCACGUGCGCGUCCCUGGAGAGUCUAGACAGGUACCAGGACGGGAAGGCCUCCGUCGCGUCGGGCACCGAAGAGACCGAGACCGACAACGAGCUGGAGUGGACGGAACGGCCGUUCGUGCGCGACCGGCUGGAGACGCAGAUCGUGGCGGGCGGCGGCAAGGUAUACGAGGACUUCAACGACAUCCCCAAGGAGGAGUACGCCAACACCAAGCUCAUCACGAACGUGCCAAAUACCACGGCCAAGAGCAUACUGUGCCUCUCGGCCGGCAUCCCCGCGUACAACCACAAGUGGAUCAUCAGAUGCUGCUCGGAGGGGAAACUCGUGAACUCGGCCGAGGAGGCGCUCCCGACCGGCUGGAGCUUACAGAGGCAAGCCUACGUGGAAACGUUCCAAAUUAAGAACAAGCCACUGUCACAGAUGGUCGUGAUAAUUCCCAGUCUAUUGGCCGAUCAGGAGUUCUCCACGUUUUGGACACAAGUGUGCGACAACGCGGGAGCUGUAGUCUUACUCGCGGAAAAUGCAGAGAACAUCGAGGGAAUGGAAUUUGACAGUGCCGGUGUAAUUGUGUCUAAUCAGAGGUGUCCUACGUGGGCCAUGGAUAAGGCGCAACACUUACAAAUUCCGAUAAUGUCUACCACGUGGAUUGUACAGUGCUUAAUCGAAGGCAAGAUUUGUCCGCACGGCCAGCACGCCCGUUUUAAGUACAACUACAAAACAAAUUAAAAGUUAUUGUCAAAAAAAUAUUAAGACGUAUUGUCGAUGUCAGGGGGCCCCCCGCUACGUGUGUACACACACGCGAAAAUUCAAUGAGCAAUAUGAGCUCUAAUGAUCGCGUCAACUUUCUUCAGUACACUUAUCCUUGUUGUCUUUUAGCUCUGUGUUUAUUUUUACUUUUUGAUGAUUCUUUUACAUCUGACUU